AUUCGAUUAGUUGUUAAGGUCCAAAUGAACGGCGAUCGACAGUAGAGAAACAGAGACAGGCGCUAGCGAAUUAUUUUGAUACAUUUGGUGAUUUUUUUCAUAAAUAUCAAGUCAUCAUUUUUGUUGAUUGCAUCGAGGUUGAACACUUUUACCUUGCCAAUUUUGUUUACGAAGAAAAAAGUUGAGUGAAAGGUCUUUUUUAAAACAACGACCGAAAAUGUUCUCGCUUCAAGCACAUAAUCAACAAAUUUUAUUUCAUUUGAGUCAAAUAACAUCACGACCACAUACGAUUCGACAGUCCAAAUCUGGGAGAAAAACAAAUAAAACCGCCCAAAAUGAGUUCGAACGAUUGUGUCAGGAGAGUUUAUGUGAAGCGCUUCGCAAUUUUCAAGCCUCAACCAACACAUCCAUUCUGGAGCUACCAUUAGCAUCGAUCGCAAAACAAAAACUACCACUGACUGGAUCACGUACACAAACACGGAGUGCAAUAAAAACUUUGGAUAGGUUAGAAGACAAUAUUAGAAUGAGUUACGUGUCAAAAAGUUCAUUUCGAGAGAAUAGGGCCGAACCAAUACACGAUGGCCAACUACAACAACAACAACAACAACAACAACAACAAAAGUCUUUCGCCAAUAGCACCGAUAUCGCCUCCAGAACAGCAUCAAUUGUCAAUCAUCCGAACACCUUCCUAAUAGCAUCGAAUCUAGUUCAUCAGCUCAGUCAGCCGAUAUUCCGAAAUUCAAUGCAAAUUCGCGGUUUUAAAACACAACGAAACAUUGAAUCACAACUUAAACGAAAUCCGUCAUUUAUGUCGCGAAUCCAACUCAGUUUCGCUCCACUUUCGAAAGUUGAUACUGUGAAUGCAGCGUCAAAACAACGUAAUGAAACUCUAAAUAAGCUACUGGCACAGGCUGAUGACAAUUCAACGUCAGGCGAUGAUCAGAAGCAACGUAUCAAAGUGGCAUUUGCUGAAGGUUACUUAGCGGCGAAUACGGAAGAUAAAUUGGGCAUUGCUGCAAAAUUCGUUAAGCUUGUGUCGCAAGUUAUCUCGUUGGCGCUUUUCAUCGCACUGGUCUAUCUGUUAUUUUCGGCACAAGGCUCCAUAUUUAGUCGGAUACAGUUGGGCUCACAGAUUGAGGUCGAUCCAGAGGACAUUAAUGUGACAUUCAACGAUGUCAAAGGCUGUGAUGAGGCCAAACAAGAGUUACAUGAAAUUGUCGAGUUUUUGAAAAAUCCCAGCAAAUUCUCACAACUCGGUGGCAAAUUGCCGAAAGGUGUUUUGCUGGUUGGACCUCCAGGAACUGGCAAAACGCUGUUGGCACGUGCAGUGGCUGGCGAAGCUGGUGUUCCAUUUUUUCAUGCGGCAGGACCGGAAUUUGAUGAAGUACUUGUAGGUCAAGGGGCUCGACGUGUACGUGAUUUGUUCAAAGCAGCCAAAGAUCGUGCACCAUGUGUGAUUUUCAUCGAUGAAAUUGAUUCGGUGGGUGGAAAGAGAACGAAUUCCGUUUUGCAUCCGUAUGCCAAUCAAACGAUUAAUCAACUGCUUUCCGAAAUGGAUGGAUUUCAUCAGAAUGAAGGCGUCAUUGUACUUGGUGCGACAAAUCGACGAAACGAUUUAGACAAAGCUUUGCUUCGGCCCGGCCGUUUCGAUGUCGAAGUAUCGGUACCAGUUCCCGAUUUUAUUGGGCGACAACAGAUUAUUGCGCUUUAUUUGAAGAAGGUGUUGCAUAAAGAUGUUGAUAUUCAGCAAUUGGCACGGGGGACCACUGGUUUUACGGGAGCCGACCUUGAGAAUAUGAUUAAUCAGGCUGCUUUGCGUGCCGCCAUCGAUGGGGCCGACGUUGUUACAAUGAAGCAUUUGGAAAAUGCACGUGACAAAGUAAUUAUGGGUCCCGAACGCAAAUCACGGUUGCCUGAUGAAGAAGCCAAUGAAAUUACGGCCUAUCACGAAGCUGGCCACGCAAUCGUUGGCUACUACACAAAAGACGCGAGCUCCUUACACAAAGUUACAAUUAUACCACGUGGCCAAUCGCUUGGGCACACCGCAUAUCUACCGAAAAAAGAACAGUAUCAUGUGACAAAGUCACAAUUGCUUGCCAUGAUGGACACAGCUAUGGGCGGACGUGCUGCCGAGGAAUUGAUUUUCGGACCAGAGAAAAUUACCGCUGGCGCUGGAGAUGAUCUCAAACGCGCCACCAAAAUUGCCCACAACAUGGUCAAAGACUUGGGCAUGUCAGACAAAUUUGGCCUUCGAACGAUUCAGGAUCCCGAACCGUACGCUGGCGGUGAUAAUCUCGGACCAAACACAACCGAACUGAUCGAUGCUGAAAUCAAACGCAUCAUGACAGAGAGCUAUGAUCGAGCGAAAUCAAUUCUCAAGACACAUGCAAAAGAGCACAAAGCUCUGGCUGAAGCUCUUCUCAAGUACGAAACACUCGAUGCCGAAGAUAUAAAAUCGAUUUUGACGGGCGCCAGGAAGGUCACCGAAGGCAGCAAUUGAUCCGCUUCCUGUUUCCAAAAUGUAUAAAAUACGAUCACAUGGCGAUGAUGAUGCAUCUAUAUAUAUAUAGUAUAUAUCAAUCAGAACAACAACACACACAUAAUUCUAGUUUUAUAGAAGCGUAGAUAAAAAAAAUGAACAUAUAUGCAAUUGCAAAUGCGAAAAACCAUAAGCUGCUGUUUUAUUUCAUUCUUUAUUAAUUCAAAAAUACAAAUAAUUUCUACUUAAUGCAAAUAAAUAUCGUAAUUUAUACAUGUUGAAUUUCAAA